GCUGUGUCUUUCGUUGCAAACCCAGUGGCCUCCAUUCUACAAAGCAUACAGAAUGUACAUCUAUGAACAGCCUAAGUCGCUCCACCAACUACCAGAAGAUAGACUGUAGUCCUGAUAAUAUGAUUUACAUAGCUCAACAAAACAUGAGAUACGCAGGAGGUAUAGUCAAUCCGUUUUCAACUAACAAAAUUGAAUGCCAAAAGCAUGGAGACCCAACGGAAUGUUUUCGUUCAAUUCCUGCUGAUUUUGAUGUAGAUUUUACCUCAUAUUUCAAUAUAUCUCAAAAGUGUAAUGGCAUGAGGAUGUGCAUCCUUACUUUUAGCGACUACUACAAUUCAGUAAGAAAAUUUCUGGAUUCAUGUGAACUCGGGGGAAGGUACGAUUUUGAACAAGUUCGCAAUAUGGCAAACUAUGAAUGUUUAGCAACUGAAACUGUUUUUCACGUCAGAAGCAAUAUCACAGUCAUUAGACAAGGGACUGUAUAUCUAACAGUGAGUACAAACACAGGGUGUCAUGUCACAGGAAAGAUUAACGCAUCACGAAUCUUGGAGCAGACCCACGUAGAACUAAGGAUCAGUCAUGACAGCAACCAGAUAUGCACAGAAUGGAGUGGGGCAUUUUAUUACAAUAAGGAAUUUUCCUGCAUAAAAGGACUAGAUGAUGUUUUAAUUUACGUGGAUGUCAAGAAAACCAAUGCAUCAACAAGUCUAUGGAUUGAAAUAAAAGGGGAUCAUCUGCAAAUAGACUGUAGAGAAGAAUAUUUUUCUGACAUGCCUUUGGUGCCAGAGGAAUCUAGCAGGAAUCUCGUCUUUAUUCUUGGAGGAGUGGGGAUUGCACUGAUAGCUGGAGCUAUUUGUGUUUUCGUGGUCGUCAAAAUGAAAUUCUGUAGAAGACCUGAUUUCAAUAAACAUAAUAUAAAUGAGAAAGUCAGACCUACGAGCACAUUUAAUCAUCAGGAUGGCGUACAGAAAAAUUCACGUAUGAAUAAAGACUCUGCAAAUCAAAUCAAGGGUUUUAAGUCAAAUCGUGAAAUCUCAAACACUGAUAAGACAGAGACCUUACUUCCGGUACAGGAUGGGGAUUAUUCCUUAAUCAGGGCUCCAAAUUUUGAAGAACAAAAUGACAAAGUGAAAGGUGGCAACACAGUCACAACAGACACACCCUCUCAGGUGCAGGAUGGGAUUUAUUCCUUAAGCAAAGCUUCAGAUUUUGACGGAGAAAAGGACAGUGUUAAAGAUGGGAAAAUCGAUAUGACAGAAACCUCACUUCCGGUACAGGAUGGGAUGUAUUCCUUAAUCAGUGCUUCAGAUUUUGGAGAAAAAAGUGACAUCAUGAAAGAUGACAAAUUUUCCGACCAAGAAAAUAAAGAAAAGAUAACAAAACUAAAUGACAGUGGCAACCCAGAUACAAAUCAGAUUAUAGGAGAGGUGACGGGGGAUGUUUAUGCCUCUGUGUGUAAAAGAGACAAUCUGGAAGACAGUCGAAUUGCUGGUCCAAAAGGAGACAUCUACACGACUGUUUCCAUGCCAUCAAAAACAAAAUGAACUUCUUGAAAUUUAAUUAUAAAAUUAUACUUUUAAUCCAAAUUGAAUGGUAUCUGUGUUUACCAAUAUCCAUGUUUACUUGAAGGAUUUAUGUCCCUUUUAAAAAAGUGCAACGAUCUUACAUACACUAAAGGUUUACAUUCAGACAAGUUCUUUUCAUGUAUACAAAACACUUGUACAUUGCUUGGGGUCUAAAAAAUGUCAAUUGUGUUAUAUUGUAAAAAUCCAUUUAUUGUA